AUGUCGGCCCAGGACGAAUUCAACCAGCUGGUGAACAGCAACCAUUCCCGUUUCGCCACACACCCUGAAGACCACCAUUCCGUCUCCGACUCAGACGAAGGCCACUACUCUGAUCAAGGCACAAGCACGCGCAAGAACCUCCGCAGCCGCACCACCCACGACUCCUCCGACGAGGAAGAUUUUUCCGACGACAACAUGGUCUCGUCCCGGGCCAACUACCAAGUCCCGAAUACAGUCUACGACGCCAACACCGGGCCCAAGGGUGUCAUUGCCGAUGCGCAGGCCUUUGAGCGGGCGCGGAAGAAGUCCUUCCGUCGCACGCUGCUGAAUGCGGCCGGCUUUGAUGGCCAUGGGCCUUCAUUCGGGGCCAAGACACGCGAGGACUCGCCGCAUGCCGAGUCGGGCUCGGCUAGUGAGGAUGAUGAUGAGGCUCGGUUUUUAAGGAAGUGGAGGCAGUCGCGGAUGCAGGAGCUGCAGGGCCGCGGUCAUCGUCGGCUGAGUCCUCGGGGGCGGCGGUACGGGUCGGUUGAGAAUGUCGAUGCCGUGGGGUAUUUGGAUGCCAUUGAGAAGGUGACUUCGGAGACGGUGGUUGUGGUGUGCAUUUAUGAUCAUCAGUCUGACGACAGCGCCAUCGUCGAAGAAUGUCUGGUCACUAUUGCCCGCAGACAACCCACCACCCGCUUCGUCAAGUUGCACCAGGAUAUCGCUGAGAUGGAUCACAUCAAGGCCCCUGCCAUCCUGGCCUACCGCGGUGGCGACGUCUUCGCUACCAUUGUCGAUGUCCUGCGCAGCAUCCCGCGUGGUCGGAGCUGCAGUGCUGAUAGCCUCGAAGAUCUCCUCAAGCUCAACCGCGUCCUUUGA